GCUCAAUCUCAAUCUCCGGCGGCCGCUGCUGCGCUGUACGCGGAGUCCAGCUCCCGGGCCAUAAAGGGCCGCGCGGGACCAGCGUUGGAGCGCCCCGCCCCGGGCCCGCGCAGGCGCCCCGCCCCGCCCGGACAUUCCUACAAGCGGCCCAACCAGCUGGACGAGGUCCACUCCCCGCGGCUCCCGGCGGCAGCAGGUGGCCCCGGACUUUCCGCUGUCACCGCGGGCCGCGCGCCCCUUUGCGCCCCGGAGCCCUCUGCGCUACCCUUACGGGGCGUGAUGGAGGCGGACGGGGACCGGGAGGAGCUGGCCCACCUGCGCUCGCUCUUCGCUGCCUGCGACGCGAACCGCUCGGGGCGCCUGGAGCGCGAGGAGUUCGGCGCGCUGUGCGCGGAGCUGCGUGUGCGGCCGGCCGACGCCGAGGCCGUGUUCCAGCGGCUAGACGCUGACCGCGACGGCGCCAUCACCUUCCAGGAGUUCGCGCGCGGCUUCCGUGGGUCCUGCCGCGGGGGGCGGCACCGAGGCUGGGCUCCCUGGGAGCCCGCGUCCGCCUCAGCCCGGGUGGGACCCGACCCCGAGGACAGCCAAGAGGAUGAGGGCGACGGGGACACGUUGGCAGCCCCCUGGGGUCGGGCGAGCGCCGGCCAGGCUUGGCAGGACUUCCAGGCGCGACUUGGAGACGAGGCCAAAUUCAUCCCCAGAAAAGAGCAAGUUAGUACCUUGUAUCUAAACAUCAACCUUGUGGAGCCAAGACUUAUUCAGUCAUACGAGCAUGUUAUAAGGAACUUUAUCCGUGAGAUCAAACUGCAGAGCACAGAAAUGGAAAACCUGGCCAUUGCAGUGAAGAGAGCCCAGGACAAGGCAGCCAUGCAGCUGAGUGAGUUGGAGGAGGAAAUGGAUCAGAGGAUUCAGGCAGCAGAACACAAGACGCGUAAAGAUGAAAAACGUAAGGCUGAGGAAGCCCUCAGUGACCUCAGACGUCAGUAUGAAACAGAAGUAGGAGAUCUACAGGUGACAAUAAAGAAACUUAAAAAGCUAGAAGAACAAUCAAAACACCUAAGUCAAAAAGAAGAUGUGGCUGCCUUAAAAAAGCAGAUUUAUGAUUUAUCAAUGGAAAAUCAGAAAGUUAAGAAAGAUCUUUUAGAAGCACAGACAAACAUAGCCUUCCUCCAGAGUGAAUUAGAUGCUUUGAAAAGUGAUUAUGCCGAUCAGACUCUGAAUUCAGAAAGGGAUCUGGAAAUAAUCCGAGAGUACACAGAAGAUCGAAAUAGUCUUGAGAGGCAAAUUGAAAUACUCCAAACAGCUAACCGGAAGUUACAUGACAGUAAUGACGGCCUUAGGAGUGCCCUUGAAAACAGUUACAGCAAGUUCAACAGAUCUUUGCGCAUAAGUAAUAUAUCACCAGGGAAUACAAUUUCUAGGAGCAGUCCCAAAUUUAAUGGUCAUUCUCCUCAUCCUCUGGGCUUUGACAGGUCAUCCCGCUCCUCCUACGUGGAUGAGGACUGUGACUCAUUGGCCCUCUGUGACCCUAUGCAGAGGAUGAAUUGUGAGGUGGACAGCCUUCCCGAGAGUUGCUUUGACAGCGGCUUGUCUACCCUGAGAGACUCCAACGAAUAUGACUCGGAGGUGGAAUACAGGCACCAGAGGGCACUUCAGAGGUCACACGGCACGCAGGAGAGCUUUGGGGGUGAUGCUUCAGACGUAGACGUUCCUGAUAUAAGGGAUGAAGAGACGUUUGGUGCCGAAGGUGUGGCUGCCAUCUUAGACUGGAAACCCCAGGGGUCCACUAGUGAGGGCAGCGUCGUCAGUUCUUCAAGAAAGCCCAUCUCAGCUCUGUCACCACAGACAGACAUGGUGGAUGGCGACCAUAAAUCUUCCAGCUCACAGAAGGCUUACAAGAUUGUACUUGCUGGGGAUGCUGCAGUGGGAAAGUCUAGUUUCCUCAUGAGGCUCUGCAAGAAUGAAUUUCGAGGAAAUACAAGUGCCACCCUGGGAGUCGAUUUUCAGAUGAAAACUCUCCUUGUGGACGGAGAGCGCACAGUCCUGCAGCUCUGGGAUACGGCUGGUCAGGAGAGGUUCAGAAGUAUCGCCAAGUCUUACUUCAGAAGAGCAGAUGGCGUUCUGCUGUUGUACGAUGUUACGUGUGAGAAAAGCUUUCUCAAUGUUCGAGAAUGGGUGGACAUGAUUGAGGAUGCAACCCAGGAGAGUGUUCCUAUCAUGUUGGUAGGAAACAAGGCUGACCUCCAUGAUGCUGCUGCAGCAGAGGAACAGAAGUGUGUCCCAGGAUACUUGGGAGAAAAACUGGCCAUGACCUAUGGGGCAUUAUUCUGUGAAACCAGUGCCAAAGAUGGCUCGAAUAUAGUGGAAGCUGUUCUCCAUCUUGCUCGGGAAGUGAAAAAAAGGACCGAUGAAGAUGACAGCAAAUCCAUUACCAAUCUGACCGGGACCAGUUCCAGAAAGUCAGCGCAGAUGAAGAACUGUUGUAGUAGUUAAAUCCCAAACAUCCUUGGCCUGUCAGGAGAAUGUUCUGGAAUAUAUACUUUUAUAAUGGCUGCUAACUUGGUAAAUACAUGAAAUAACACUGAAUUGUUAAAAGGGGGAAGUUUAUGAGACGUGAAUUAUAUCUCAUUAAAAAAAAAAAACAUACUACCACUUUUAACAUUUUGCCCAAGGAAAAUGUGCAUGAUUGUUUCAGACCUUCCCAUGAUUUACAAGCAUAAUCCCUAAUAUGGUACAAAUCUCUGAACUCUGUCAUGGCCAGCAUUUACUACCUAAAAUAAUGAACAGUGAAAAAAAUGUUAUGUAUAGUUUUGGAAACUCAUCUCUUCACAAGAGGUACUGUCCUUAGGAAUGGGAAAUCACAGUCUUUUAUUUAAUGUGACUAGUGACUCCUCCUCACCAACAAUGUGUUGGGUCUUGCUCUCCUUCUAGAAUCUGCAGUGCCUCCCAGAUUUCCCCACUGAAAGGUCUCUAACAGCUGAAGGAGUCAACACCUGACUCUAGAAAAGCCUGGUUUUUUGUUUUUGGCUUUUGUUUCUCAGUGGCCUUGAACCAAUUAAGUUAUCCCCAACUAGAGGUUUGAACUUACCUUGGUUCAUAUAGUUCCAGCUUCCAAGUGGUCUUCCGGAAAUACCUUAAAAACUUAUUUAUUAUAUUACAUAAGCUAAUAACAUUCCUUUUUGUUGAAUUAAAACAAUUCCAUGGAGCAGUUUUUCCCCUGUUUAUGGUUUUUAUGAUCAAAUCUUUAAUUCCCCAGCUUCAUUUUCUUUUAAGUGAAAACUGACCAGAUAUGUUAUACACCAAGAUUAUAAAGAGCCACAACAUCCUCAAGUGCAAAUGCUUGCCUUCUCUCUAUUGACAUCUAGGUAUUUUGAUGGCAAAGUUUGAUCUAUCCCUGGCGACUCUACCAUGCAUUUCUGUUCAAUGGCUUAGGUCGCACCAAGUUUACAUUUUUGACCAGAAAGAGCGCCUCGCUGGUCGAAUAGUGUCAAACUGAGCUGUGGGGGAGGUGUUAUUUCUGUGCCUUCGUGAGAUGCACGUUUUGCCACUGCUGGUUGCCUCUGCGGCAUCUUUGGAACCUGGCUUAGAAAGGUUCUGUGUGUUGACAUAUGGGACAGUUGUUCAGGUGUUUGGUGCAGUUGCACAAAACUCUGUGAGUAUAGUUGUUACUGUGUUGCCUUUAUUUCCCCUCAGAGUG